GUGCUGAGGCACGAGGAGUUCGAGGAGGGCUGCAAAGCCGCCUGCAACGGCCCUUAUGAUGGAAAAUGGAGCAAAACGAUGGUGGGCUACGGGCCAGAAGACAAUCACUUUGUUGCAGAGUUAACUUACAAUUACGGGAUUGGAGAAUAUUGCCUGGGCAAUGACUUUCUGGGCAUAACGCUUGUGUCCAGCCAGGCUGUGAGCAAUGCUAAGAAGAUGGGGUGGCCCCUCAAAGAAGUCACAGCUGGCAUUUUUGAGGCUGAAGCCCCAGGGGGGUACAAGUUCUACUUGGAAGACAAGGAACAGCUCAAGCAAGAUCCUGUGCUAAAGGUAACCUUGGGUGUCUCUGAUCUGCAGAAGUCUGUUAACUACUGGUCUGAUUUGCUCGGGAUGAAAAUAUAUGAGAAGGAUGAGGAGAAGCAAAGGGCUUUGUUAGGCUAUGCUGAUAACCAGUGCAAGCUGGAGUUGAAGACUGUUGGAGGAGCAGUGGAUCACGGGACAGCGUUUGGGCGGAUCGCCUUCUCCUGCGCAAAGGAAGAG